GAAGACGUUCCAGACAUGAUGGAGAGGUUCUUGAGCUUCGUUGUGGUCUGCGUGGGAGUGUCUUUGCUCCUGUCCUGUCCCUCCGUGCAAGCCUGGUACAAGCAGUCCACCGGACCCACCUACUACUCGGUGGGUCGCGCCUCCGGUCUGCUCUCCGGCAUCAGGAGGUCUCCUUACGUGCGCAGGUCCGAGUCCCAAGAGACGCUGCUGGACAGCGAGGACUCGAGCAGCUUGUCUCCGGAGACGAGCAGGCACGAGAUCUCCUUGCUCAAACGGAUGGCGAUCUGCGUGAAGGACAUCUCUCCAAACCUAAAGAGCUGCGAGCUUCUGCAGGACGGAACCGGAACCUUCCAGUGCAAGGCGGACGUCUUUCUCACCCUGGACUCACUCGACUGCUUGUCCGCAUGAGUCCGCUGCUGGGACCGAGGACGCUCACUGUAGCGCACUGUCGACUCUUGGAUGUUUUAGCAUUAGCAUAUUAGUAGUAGUAGUAGUAGUAGUAGUAGUAGUAGUGCUAUGUCACCUUUUUGCUUGAGUUGUUAUUUUUUCUUGAAAUGCAUUCAAACAUUCAGAAGGUUGACUUUCCUGUAAAUAUUAUUUUUAUCUAUUAAAAUCAACAAACACUUGAUGCGUGGACUAAAAUAUGUCAACUUAGUAGCAAGGAAACGUGCACGUGACAUGACGGAACCUCUAAUUUACG